AUGCGCAGCUCUGGUGGCGGGUGGGGAGGGGAAAGGCGGGAGAUCGCCGUGCGAUUGCGCGUCAGUCGCUGGCGGUCGUUCCUACGAUCGGGUCGGUCGGAGUCCGUCGGGCGUGGUCGGGCGAGAGCCCCCUCUCACGUGCUGCCUCGUGCUGCUCCGACAACAGAUUCCGGUGUUAUUGAAAUUUUUGGCAAGGCCUUCCUGACUUCAAAACGAACGCUUGAUGUGUGCAAUGAGGUGUCCCUGACACAACCCAUGAUGACUACGUACAUGAGACAGAAAUCAACGCAAGAAUUUCUCAUGAUGAAUGGUGCUAGUUCAAAAUAUUUCGAUCCAGGAGAUGAAAACCAAAACAGUAUAUAUCCUCCUGGAACUGUUCCUCUGGAAUACCAAGUUGCAGGACAUACCUUUGGUGAUGGAAAAUCAGAAUUAGGAAUGCUGAAAAGAAAAGAUGGAUUGGUGCUAAAACCCAUUGAAAAACCAGUUUAUGGUGAACGUGAGUUGAAAUUCUACCAGGAGCUUCAGAAAGCAACAGAUCCAAUAUCAGUUGCGUUACGAAGUUUUGUUCCUGAAUUCCAUGGUGCUACAGUUUUGAAGAUGCAAGAGAAAGAUGUGCGGUUUAUUGUCUUAAAAGAUGCCACAUUUGGGUUUGCAGAACCCUGUAUAAUGGACAUAAAAAUUGGGAGACAGACAUGGGAUCCAGAGGCUUCAUUAGAAAAAAUGGAAGGUGAAAGGAAAAAGUAUGCAGAAUGUAAACGAGAUUUAGGGUUCUGCAUCCCUGGAUUCCAAGUUUACAGAAUAGCUACAGGAAAAGUUUUGAAAUUGGGAAAGGACUAUGGAAAGCGUUUGAAUAAAAAUACUGUAAAAGACGCCUUACGUCUGUUCCUCAAUGCUGAGGCUGGCCUUAGCCGGGAGCUCAUGCUGCAGCUUUUGGCCUGUCUGUGGCGUAUACUGUGCUGGUACCGCAGUCAACGCCGUUUUCGGUUUUACUCUAGUUCGCUUCUGUUGGUGUACGAUGCCCGAAAACUCCGUCAAUGUCUUCGAACAGAUUUGCCCAUCAGAGUGAAUCACCAACGACCGUCCACUCUAAAACUGAGCGCCAGUACCGGAUCAUUUAAUGGAGGACCCCUCAGUCCUGAUCAUUUGGCUUUACAAGGCCCAUGCUUUGAACUUCCAUCUCGAAGCUCAACAUCCAGUGCGGGGAGUCUGUCACCCUCUGUUCCAUCAACUCCAACGACGCCGUCAACUUAUAAACCUGCAAGCUGUUUUGGCGAGGACAGUUGGCAUGUGGCUUUUGAAAAGAUUCGACGCACACAUUCUUUCAUCAACAAUUAUGAGAAAGAUCUACAAAGCGUGAAAGAAGAUUAUUCAUCUCAGUUAGAUGACUUAAUAAGUGCAGACCGACCUGGAAGCAGAGAUUUUUGGGCCACAGUGAAAAUGAUUGAUUUUGCUCAUGUUUUUCCCACUCAGAAUGAUGAACCAGAUACAAACUAUUUGGAUGGUUUGGAAAACCUUGUGAAUAUAUUUGAAAGUUUAAUGGAAGAAGCUGUUUAACAUUAGUAACAAAAACAAACUGUUAUUUGUUUUAGGGUUAAGAAAAAUUACAAAAACACUCAGUAAGGACAUGUACACUAACAGGAUAUUGUGACAACUGAGUAAUGCGAACAUUUUUAUUGAUAAUUCAACAGUAUUUUUUAUCAGAAUUUUUACAUAUUUACUAAGAUAUUUUUAUAUAAUCUAAUGAGUUCAGGAAACUUAUUUAGCGAAUUGAGCUUUCAGGUAUAUUAGAACCAGUGCUUGAAUGCAGUAGGACUAGUUUCUUCUGUGAUCAGUUUUUUCCUUUUGUUAAUCAGAAAGAGAAAUGUAGGUUCCAUAUCUGAAAUUCAUAUGUUAUUUGUCAUGCUGGACAUGGCAUUGCAAAAAUUGUGCAAUUAAAGGAAUUCUGUAAAAUAAUGUUUUUCACAACAGUAUGGUCCUUUCCCCACCCCCCGUUCUGGGUGGACAUUAAUUGUUUUGUCUUAUGCCAAAUACAGUUCUUCAGAAGAUGAAAAAGAUUAAUUUUGGUCCCAUGUUUUCAAGCACUGAUUAGAACACAGUGACUUGGUUCCUCUUCUGUUUCUUAUACUACUGUAACUUAAUAGCUUUUAAUAGAAAGCAAAUGUUAAGAGAGUAUACUGGUACAGCAAAAGUGCAGUAUCACUCUUAUACCCUCCUGCUGGAAGAAAGCACCAUCUUCAAAAAGCUGUUCUGUACAGUUCCGUUCUGUGCCUUCUAUUUAUUCACACAAGUCCUUUUAAUGAUGUUCCAAAGAUACCUAAACCAAGAUAAAGGUCCAAACUACAACAUUGGUUUAUAAGUUUACAUUCCUAGUUUUCUCUCAUACAUGAAGGCAUAAUCACUCAAAUGAUACAAUGAAGAUAUGUUCAGAAUGCUUUUAAUUAAAACUACAGUAAUACUGAUAUGGAUCACAAAGUGUAAGAAUAUUAGUGCAAGAACCCAUAAGGGAAGGCAAUCUGAAUAGAACUGUACUUAACAAAUGUGUUUGCAAUAACUCUUCUGUGUUGGAUGCACCAGGGUUGCUGACCUCAGAACACAAAUAUGUGCGUUAUCUAGUCUUCAAUUAUAUUAAUGGUUAAGUAUCAUAGCUUUAGAUAUUUAAUGUUAAUUUGAUGUAAAUAUUAACACAACAAUUUACAUAUGUGUAAGAGGUAUGAUUGCUAAAACUGUUAAGAUCAUAAUAUUGCAUACACACACUGUGUGUUUUAUGUAACAUAAAAGUAUAUUAAGCAGAUACAAUUAGUCAACAGUGUUAACAUAUCACAC